UUGAAUGACGCAUUAAGGGUAGCUUGGAUUUUAAAGACAUCUUGGGUUCUUUUCGCGAUAUUGUUUAUUAAAACUCAAUUUGAAAUGUUUAAUCGAAACACAUCAAGGUUUCUGCAACGUACGUGAUGCCAACGGGACUCAUCAGCUUUAUGGAAUUUGGCCGGUCGACAGAGAAGCACUCGCUGACGUACAUCUACACGGCCUUCUCCCAUCCUGUGAAGCUCCCAGGCAUCCAUGAAUUCACUGCUAUGGGUCUGCUGGACAACAGAAUGAUCGACUACUAUGACAGCUCUGUGCAAAAGAAAAUUCCCAAACAGGACUGGAUGAAGGAGCGACUCCAGCAGGAAUACUGGGAUAAAGGCACACAGUCCCGGCAGAGCAAGCAGCAGUGGUUCAAGGUUAACAUCGACAUCCUGAUCAACCGAAUGAGACAAACGUCUAAUGACACUCAUGUUCUUCAGUGGAUGCAUGGAUGUGAAGGUGUAGAAGACGAACAUGGAAACCUCCAGUUUAAGCGUGGCAUGGACAUGUACAACUAUGACGGAGAUGACUUCCUGGCUUUUGAUGAUGAACGUCAAGUUUGGGUGGCUGCAGCAGAUGCAGCAGUCCCCACCAAGAGGAAGUGGGAUGAAGUCACAGCGCUGAAAGACUACACCAAGGGUUACCUGGAGAAGGAGUGCAUGGAAUGGAUGAAAACCUUUCUGAGUUAUUCAACGCAGCAGCUAAGAAAUGCCUCUCGUCCUGACGUUUACAUGUUCUUUAAAAAAGCCAAAGAGUCCUCCAACGUUGUGCUGACGUGCCUCGCCACAGGCUUUUAUCCUAAAGACAUCACCCUAAACAUCAGAAGAGAUGGGCGUGUCCUCACUAAAGACGAUGGAGUGAUGAGUUCUGGAGUUCGUCCGAAUCACGAUGAAACCUUCCAAAGAAAAGAUUAUGUGGAGAUUUUGAGGAGUGACUCUGCUACCUACACCUGUGAAAUCAUUCAUCCAGCUUCCAAUGUGUGGGUUGUGAAAACAUGGGAUCAUCGUCCUCCAGAAGGUUCACCGGGAUCUGAUAUUGGUCUGGUUCUUGGUCUUGUUUGUGGUAUUGGUGGAGUCCUGGCCAUUGUGGUGAUACGGGUCUUGUACAAGAAAAAAAUGCUUUGUUUUAAAAACGUAAAUUGUCACUGCAGAGUUUCAUGUUGUUGUUCAUCCGCUGGAAAGCAUCAGGAUUCUAUCUCAAGUGGACGUAAUAGCAGCAUGACUGCAACUGGGGAUGAGACUCGUCCUCUUAAUGCAGCAACCAAAGGUUCUGAUCAAUCUCUCAGCAGUGGAGACUCUGCUAUUGACAGUAAAAGUGAGGGCAGCGUAAUUGCAACUGAGGAUGAGACUUGCCCUCUUAAUGCAAAAACCAAAGGUUCUGAUCAAUCUCUCAGCAGUGGAGACUCUGCUAUUGACAGUGAAAGUGGUGGCAGUGUGACUACAUCUCAAGUCAAGAAUAAUCAGCCAACAACCAACCCAAGAGACCAUGUGGAUAAGACUACAACUCCUAUUGCAGCAACUAAUGGUGGAAGUAAUGGCAGCGGGACUCCAACUGAGACUGGUCCUCUUAUUGCAGCAUCCAAAGGUUCUGAUCCGUCUCUCAGUGGAGACUCUGCUGUUGUCAGUGAAAGUGGUGGCAGUGUGACUACAUCUCAAGUCAAGAAUAAUCAGCCAACAACCAACCCAAGAGACCAUGUGGAUAAGACUACAACUCCUAUUGCAGCAACUAAUGGUGGAAGUAAUGGCAGCGGGACUCCAACUGAGACUGGUCCUCUUAUUGGAGCAUCCAAAGGUUCUGAUCCGUCUCUCAGUGGAGACUCUGCUGUUGUCAUUCCUGACUCCAACAACCAAUCGGGUUCUAGUGGAUCUCUGUCCUCUGCUUAGAAACUCAAACCACUAUGAAGAGCACAAAGAAGUUAUUCUACAACACGAUGAAAUGAAUGUUCAACAGAUUUAUUAAGUUCUGGUGGUACCUUGACGUGAAG